GGCGACCCAGACGAGAGCAUGUUCAGGGACUUGACUUUCGACGAGGUGCUGGAAGACCUCAAUGCGAGGUUUCUUGUCAAUCUGCCUCAAGAGGAGAAGUCGCUCGUCCGGAUUUAUUGGCAAGCGGAGCAGGCUCAUUGGUUCUAUGAGGACUACCUUCGACCGCUCAACCCCAAUCUACCCUCAAUGGGUCAGAAACAAUUCACCCAACUCAUCAUAUCCACCUCGCCCCUCUUCUCAACGCUCGCCGGUCCGAACGGGAUAGAUUACGCGGGCGGUUGGACGGACUAUAUGAACUAUAAGAGCAUGGUGCCGUGCUGUGGAGGGAUUCUGCUGAACGAGGCAGGAGACAAGUGUCUCGUAGUGAGGGGCUUCAAGUCGAAUGCUGGAUGGUCUUUCCCACGAGGGAAGAUCAACAUCAACGAGCCGCCAGUGGAGUGUGCUAUUCGAGAAGUUGAGGAAGAGAUUGGCUAUGAUCUUCGAGGGAGCAUCAAUGAGCAGGACCAGAUCCAGACGCACAUCAAUUCGCAGCAUGUCACCAUGUUCAUCGUGCCAGGAGUACCGGAGGCCACCCUUUUUGAAGCGCAAACGAGGAAUGAGAUUGGGGCGAUCGAGUGGGUCAGGUUGGCGGAUCUGCCUACGUGGACUGGCAAGAAGCCAAAGAAGACACCGGGAGUCAAGGAGAAGAAGUUCUAUAACGUGACGCCGUUUGUCGGACCCCUGAAGAAGUGGCUCUUCCAACAUGGCUACAACCCAAAUCCCUCGAGCAAGAAGAAGCAACCCUCUUCCCGUCCCCCUCCCGCCCCGCAGAACAGCCAGCGCAGUCUCCAACCCUUCUACGACGGGUCCUCCGCCAUACCUCUGGGCGAGGCACUCCAGCCUGACGCUGAGCCACAGCAUGUUCGCGGUACGAGCGCCCUCGAUUCCCUCUUCGACCGCUUCAUCAACAAGCAGGAGGAGGAUCUGCUAUCGAGCACCGCGGAGGCUGUCACGGGUCCAGAUCAGAAGGAGGGCCUCAAGCGGCUAUUCGGGAACCUGAAUGUGCUGGAUUCGCAGCGGGCGGCGGAGGAGGUGGUGCGCCAGAAGAAAGAAGAAGAGGAGGAUCUGGCGGCUUUGCUGGGUGGGGUGGUGAUUCAGCCGGCUGCACCGCCGGCGAGCGAGAAGCAGAACCGGCUGCUAUCGUUGCUCAAACCCGCCACUGUGCCUGCUCCGAGCAUUGCGGCUGCUCCCCCAGUCCCUCGCGAACCGGCUCCAGCGGCAGCACAGGUACCGGCUCCCGCUCCCGCCCCCGCGCCUAUGAUGAAGCCUCAUCAGGCUUCUUUGCUAUCUAUGCUCUCCCCAGCUGCUCGAUCUGCCACCGUCGGCCAGUCUUCCGCUCCUCCGCAGCCUUCGUCCGGCUACAAUACCCACCAGGAGUCGGCUGGAUCGACAGCCAAGCCCAUAUCACUACCCACCAGUCCGCGCCCGCCCAGCGCAGACGAGCGCGAGGCGGAACGGCGGGACAAGCAACGCAAGUUGCUCGAAAUGACGAUUGCGGGUAUGGGCCUCGACUCUACCGCGCCGUCAAGCAGCCACGCUGCCGGCGGAGGGACGGAUGAUAAUAUAUCUCCCUCGGCUCAGCAAGGCGUUUACUCCAACCGGCCUACUCCGCCUUCCCACCCAAAUAACCCGGGCUACCCACAUGCCUACCACCCACCCCCUAAUCCCCCUUAUCCGCAGCAUCUACCGUAUCCCCCGCAACCUGGCUCGAACUAUCGGCCGCCCCUACCGCCUCAUUCGCAACAGCCGGGAUACAACCAGCAGCCCGGCUACAAUCAUCAGCCGGGGCAACAGCCGGGAUACAAUCACCCUCCGCCAGUCCAUCAUCCAGUGUAUCAGCACCAGCAGGCGCAUGGAUCGGGCGGAUAUGCUCAGAUGGUUAAUGGGCAGUCCAACCAUACGGGCAGCCAUCCUGGACAGCAGGGUCGCCAGCCGGGUCCCAACUCUGCUCCGGACCAG